CAGGCGCCAUUUUGGUUUUUUGCGGCCCACGGAAUAAAGAUGGCCGCCAUAUAGGACCGUUUUUUAUACAUCCAGGAAACAAAUCUUAGAUUUUAAAAGUGUAACCAAGUUUCUUCCUCUGAUCUCUGGUAUUUCACGAUUAAGUAAUUUGAACCAUGCGGAUCCUUUGCUAAUCAAUCAUCAUAGUCAAAAGAUUUUUGAAAAGAUGAGUGGCCAGCAAGAAAUUUUGAAUCCUUCCUUUUUGAGUUAUGAAAUCAAUGGUUCACAGUUUAUUGUUCAGUCGUUGGAAAAUACUCAAGAAUUGACAGCUCAACUAGGGAGUAUUGAAAGUGAAGAGAGUAUACUUAAGCUAGUUGACAGAGAAGUAAAGAAUGAAGAAAACGAGGAAUCGAUACCACUGGUUUGUGUAGAUGGUCAAAUUUAUGCCAUACAUAACGGAGAACUACAGGCUCUGGACAUUGGUCAAUUGGAAUACGAAAAUGAACCGAGUAUCCAAGAGGAUAAAGAAUCUUUGAUGGAAGUGACAAAGUCUCUGGAGCCAGAAGGAAGCCCUGUUGAAAUUGAGCAAUUAGAAAACCUAGACGAUUCUCAAAUAUGUAGCGACGAAGAAUUGGUUAUAGAAGAAGACAAUAAACAAUUGUAUGUUGUUGCCAAAGACAAUCUCAACGCCAACGACUUUGUCGAAGUAGUAACUGCUUUCAAAUGCAAAAUAUGCCCUUAUACAACUCAGGACAGAAAACAACUGUUCAAACAUUUUCAGAAUAUUCAUGCUAAUCCAGUCACUAAGGUGCAAGAUGAAAAUGAAAACUCGGAAGAAGUUAAACUGGUUUACAUGUGCGGCGAAUGCUCAAAUUGUUUUCCCUCCAUGGAGGCUUGUCGAGAGCACAUGAUAAAGGAUCACCAGUUGACCGAUCGAGUGAGUAGCAAGACCGACAAAAAGCAGAUUGAGAGUCCAAAAAAAACGAAUCAGCCCAGUUUCAAACCAAGUAUUUUGGGAGCCAGACGUCCUAAGUCACCGACGUUGCAGGAAAACGUUGCUUCGAAAAAUCCCUCCGCUCAAUCUGCUCAACAAAAUAAAAAGGCGUUGGAUUUGAAAGAUCGCGAAGUCAAGUGUACCUACCGCGGAUGUCCAUACAAAUUUAGCACGGAUAUAACUAUGCAACAACACGCGGUUUGCCACAUAGACGUUCCGUAUUGUUCGAAUAUUUUUAAAUGCAAUAUAUGCAAAGACGUCAAAUUCACUAAAUGGCGAUCGUGUAGUUUGCAUCUUUGGAAAAAGCAUCAAAUUGACGUCGAUUUGUUUCAAUGCAACAUUUGCAAGGCUUAUAAAAGCGCAACAAUGGUAAAGCUCCUCACUCACAUGAGGGUUCAUAGUGAAAAUCGAGAAUUCGAAUGUCCUGAUUGUGGCAAGCGCUUCAAACAAUCGAGUCAAUUGAGAAAUCAUCGAGUAAUGCAUCUCGAUCGAAAAUCAAGCGAUGUACCAAGAUGGUACACUUCGAAAACGUGCGAUUUGUGUGGAAAAACUUACGCGGACUCAAAGUGCCUAAAAAAUCACAUUCAAGCUGUUCACUCGAAGCUGCGACCCUACGUUUGCAAUGUUUGUGGCCAUUCUAGCGCUCGUAAAGCAAUGCUGCAACUCCAUUUGCGACAACACACCGGUGACAAACCUUUCAAUUGCCAACUUUGCGACUAUAAAACUGGUGAUCACAAUUCUUUGCGUCGUCACAUGAUGAGACACACUGGCGUUCGACCCUACAAAUGUCCUCAUUGUCCAUACUCAGCCAUUCAGAGUAACAGUUAUAAAAAUCAUUUACGAGCGAAACAUCCUCUCCUUUCGGGUUUAUUUACCUGCGAAUUAUGCCCCUUCAAGACAGUGAAGAACGAAAGUUAUUUGCAGCACAUUGCAGAUCAUCAAAAAGGAUUGAUCAAAACGCCUCCACCGAAAAAAGAUGGUGAAAACGUGGAAGUUUUUCCGGGCAACAUCGCAGCAGCUCAAUUGAUAUACAGUUGUUUGGGGGCGUUUUCUAAAGUUGGGAAAACAAUAGAAGCGAGUUUAAUGUCAUCUUCGACGUCGGCUGAUGGGACAUCCCAGACAAUAACGAUACAAAUCCCUUCAAAGCAUCUUGAAGGUUCAUUGCCGAUAAGCGACAAUACGACAAAAACCAAUUCGUCAAUCGAGCAGGACGACGAUGAGACGAUGCAUUGCUUUCUCAAAAUACCGAGAGAAGAAGAGGAGAAUAUCGACACCGGAGGCAUAACCAUACCUGCUGAUCCGGAAGUAGACACGGCCACGCGAAUUUCAGUUGAUUCAUAAAUUUUCAUUCAACGAUAUUUGCUAUCAAUUUCUUCACCGAACCAACCUGCAUUACAAAAUGUUGUUUUCAACCACAAACCAGUACGAUUUAUUUUUCUCGACGUAAACUUCACAAUGGAGUCGCAAGAGUUUAAUCUUCUGAGUUCAUCGUUUGCAGUCGAAAUGUAUUCACUAUUUUCAGUGUUUGUCCAUAACGAAGAGAACGGUGUAUGACGAAAUCGUUCAUAAUUCAAAAUAUAAAAUUUCUGGGAACGAACCAACUCCAAAAAAAUGCAUUAAUUAAUUAAAAAAAUGAUAAACUGAAGUUAUUAGCGACUCCAUUGUAGGGUUGAGGUAGUUCGGCACAUAAACUCACAAGCAAUCGAUCUAUUUAAAUCAAAUUAUCGUGUUUAGCCACUGAUGAAUAUUAUUGAACGAUCUCCAUUAUGUCGCAAUCGAUAAGUUUUUAUUAUAUUAUUUUGUUAAUAAUUCACUAAUUUUUUAUAUUCGAAACUCAAUAUUUGUAACUGUAUAAAAACGGUCGAUUAUCCUCAAUGAACUAAAUAUGAAACUGUUGAUCAAGAUUUAUGCUGUGAAUUUACGGGUGAAACGACCUUAAUUUCCGAGAAGGAAAAAUAUAUCAAAAAGGCUUGUUGUUUUAGUUGAAUAUUUUGUUUCGAAUAAGUAUAAAAUAGUGUGCGACGUAUAACAUCGCGAUUGCAAAUGAAUUGGGAGUAAAAAAAAUUUGAUGACACUCGAUAAAGGAAAUUUAAUCACGAAUUAUGAAAUGUUGAGAGAAACUAGUCAGGCGCGAAUGUAAAUAGCCAAUUUUUGAUGUUGAAAUUUUUGUAUUUUUUUUUUCAUUCAUGCGUUAUAAAUUUCGCUUAAAACGUGUCGGCUGUGGUAAAAAAAAAUCAACGAUAUUUCGGGGACAGUGAUAUACUUUUUACAAAUGAACAAUGCUCCUUGUGUUUCGAAUGUAUUUAUUCACGAUAAUUAGUAAAUAAGUGUACAUAAAAGCUGUAAAAUAAUAUAGUUUCAUCGUCGUUUCGAAUAAAAACGGGUGAAAAAAAUAAUGAAAGAAAAUAA